AUUAAAGUUGUUUGUUACUAUAAAAAGUGAUGAUGAUAAUACAGGUGGCACACAGUAAAGACACAUGACUGCCUUCAAGAUGAGCAAAACAGACUCAAUGGAAUUAUGUAAAACUUGUAUAAUAAUAUAUAAAACAUCAAAGAAUAACUUUACAGUUAUUAUACAGUAUAUUGUCUGUUUUAAUUACGUUGUUGAUAUUUUUAACAUACAUAGGACAACUCAAAUCUACACUGCAAAGGUGGCAGAGAUAUACGUGGCAUCUGUGUGUUUUACAGACUUUACGGAGGAGGCAUAAAUGCGUUUAUAAAGUGAUUACAACCGAUACACAAGCCGAGGUGGGUCUGAUCAGGCAUAAUUCAGCCUGGCUUUUAUGCACCAUUUCCACAAACUUUUGAGCAGGCACAGAUUAGCUUCACUGAGCAGAGUUAACACGUUUUAACUGUAUAAUUCUCAUAUUAUUUUCCCAUUACAAAUACAUUCAGCGUUAGUAGCCCAGCUAUCCGUUAAAAAGUGAAGGCAACGCCAAGAGAAUACCGCCCACGUUAAAACCCACUCAAAUUUCUUUUUUAAGAUCAUAAAAUUUGAAUGAUUUAAUUCUAUAAAGGCUGUAACAGCUGGUGUAAAGGCAUCUCUGUAUGACGAAGAGCUGCGAUGUUUAAAAUGUUUAUGUGUAUCAAAUUGAUUUUACACACAGCACACAUUAGGACAUUAAUAAUUCCCCUGAAGAGACCAUCACCACUUAGCUUCGGAGCGUGGGAAUACUGAGAACAUUUGCUAUUGCAUAAUAGAUGUGUUACAAAUCACAAAAGGGAAAUCAUUACUGGUACUCUGACCAGAGAAGCCCAUGAGAAUUAAUGAGGAGUCUGAGAUGUCUGGCUUCUAUCGCAAUACUUAAUUAUGCUUUUUGUCAAAUUAUAGCCUGACGAUCUGUUUUUAGUCCAUUAAGCUGUCAUCUUUUUGCGGAAUAGAAGGUUAAUUAGUAGUAAUUAAAUUAUAUUCAGACAAGCAGAUGUACAUUUUUGCAAUACUGCAUUUGCCACUUGUUUAGCUGUCUAGUAUUUGCUAAUUGUUUAGCAUUUAGCAUUGUUUAGCGUGCAAUUGUCAAGUAAUGACAAACUCCAGUCAGAACACGCCAUGCGGUAGCUAAGAGAUCAAACCAAACAAACACUGACUACAGGGAAACACUUCACAACUUAUCGGACAUAUGGAGAGCCGCAUGACCAGUCAGGAACGCACUCUGAGCCUUCUACUGGAAGAAGCCAUGAAGAUCAGGGACGAUGUGGUGACCGGUCUACGUGCAACUCAGGGUUCGGUCCUGAUGGAGUCGUCUGCUAGAAAACUACUGGAGAACCACAUUCAGAUCAUAACUCACAUCGUCAAACAGCUCAGCAAAGACAUUCAGGUGCUGGAAGCCCAGAUUAUUGAGAGAGACAACCUUGCUGCAGGGACGACUUUUGCAGUCAAGAGCCUAGAUCACAAGAACAUGACGGGCAUUGGAGAUCUCAGAGGCAGAGUGGCAAGAUGUGAUGCUAGCAUCGCUAAACUUUCAUCAAAGGUUAGUGCCGGAUGGCAAGACAUCCUGAAACUACAACAGGAAGUGAGCAGGUUACACGCUGAACUGGGGCUAAAGUUGAAAGACAUGGAACUUAAGCUGUCGCAGGAUGUAGGAAAACUAGAGGUGUCACUGUCAGAGAAGUUCAUUUCUCAGAGGAACGCCACGGGGGAUUUACAGAAGGAGAUGCAUGGACUGGAUCUAAAAAUCUCGAGUGGUCUGAGGGAAGUGGAAGAGCAGAUAAUGAGACUGAGGAAGUGGGCAGAGGAGCAGAUGAAAACCACAGCUCAAUCACACACAGAGAGCAGCCAGCAGCUGCACACACUGCUGCGGGACAGAGCGGUUGAAGUGGAAAGCGAGCUAAAGGAGAACAUGGCUCUUCUCUCUAGUCAUCUUGAGAGGUUAGAGGCACAGUUGGAGAAGGUGAGAUCUUCUGACAGGACCAAGCGCUCAGAGAGCAAACUCAGCAGCAAGAUCAACACUUUGGAGCAGUGCUUCAGAGAAGAACUAGAGGAGAUGAGGAGGGAGUACCAAUCAGGGUUCCAUGCGGUUCAUGAUGCCAUUUCCUCUCUGAGACACAUUGGCAACACCAAAGCCAAACUGGACAAAGAAGAGCUGCAACAAGACAUCAGACAGAUCCAGAGAAACAUGGUAGGACCGAAGGAGCCCUGACUGGAUCCUUCUUUUACAAGACAAAUAUGCUGGAAUAUACAACCUGUGUGAGAACAGCAAGUAUGAUUCAGCAGAAUGUGGGCAGAUGGACAAUACAAUCAAAUAAGCUCUACAUUUGUUUUCUAGAUUGAAAAAACAAAAAGGAUUUAGCCAGUUUGCAUGAGGUCAUUCAUUUGCUUUAAAUCUCUUUUUGCUGGACCAGACUUUAAAAUCAGAUUCUGAGUGAACAAUCAUAGUUGAUGAAAUUCAA